AUGCGUAUUCUCAAGGCAUUGAUUGUCUCCUUGUUGCCUUUGGCCGCCCUUGGGGCCAAGAAGCCUGCUGCCGAUAGGUUCCAACAGUUCCAUACGAAAGCCCUCGCAUCCGUUCCCUUGAAGCUGGACGAUUCCAUUUAUGAUCAAUUGACCGCUUCACCAAGAGAUUAUUCUGUGGCUGUGUUGUUGACGGCUCUCGAGUCUAGAUUUGGGUGUCAAUUAUGCCGUGAAUUUCAGCCAGAAUGGGAUUUACUUGCAAAGAGUUGGACCAAGGGCGACAAGAAGGGAGAAUCGCGCUUGGUUUAUGGGACAUUGGACUUUAUGGAUGGAAGAAAAACAUUCCAAUCGCUUGGUCUCCAGACAGCACCAGUCAUACUACUCUUCCAGCCAACUUCUGGCCCACACGCUGUUGCAGACAACGCUCCUCUAAGAUUUGACUUCAGUAAUGGACCUCAAUCUGCCGAACAAAUUCACUCCUGGAUCGCCCGUCAUCUCCAGGACCGCCCGCAUCCUCAGGUGGUACGGCCAGUCAACUGGGUUCUCUGGAUUGCAGUCACCACCACUAUGUUAGGUGCAUUUACGUUCUUAAGUAUUGCCUGGCCGUACUUGUUGCCGAUCUUCCAGAACCGCAAUGUUUGGGCUGCGAUCAGUUUAAUCCUCAUUCUCUUAUUCACAAGCGGCCACAUGUUCAACCACAUCCGGAAGGUGCCUUACGUCGCAGGCGACGGACGAGGCGGGGUGAGCUACUUUGCAGGAGGCUUCUCAAACCAGUACGGUUUAGAAACACAGAUUGUGGCAGCCAUAUAUGGCCUUCUCUCUUUUGCUACCAUUUCAUUGGCCCUGAAAGUGCCACGUAUGGCAGAUCCAAGAACACAGCAAGUUGCUGUUCUUGUCUGGGGAGGUGUUAUCUUCGUUGUGUACAGUUUCCUGCUCAGUGUUUUCAGGAUCAAAAAUGGGGGAUAUCCUUUCUGGCUGCCACCAUUCUCAUAGAUUUCCUGAGUGAACUCCAGGGGCGUGAUAGAGACACUAAAGGCGCCUCUAUUAUUAAGUGUAUAAUAGAAUUAUAUGUGUACGUGUCAUUGUGCCAUGAGUGAGACCGCAUUGGUAGAAAAUCCCAUAUCUAUUUUGUCU